CGGCACCGCCCGCGGUUCCCCCGGCCCCUCUCCACAGCCCCCCGAACAGGCUGCCAACAUCGCCUCGCCCGCGAAUUAGCACAACAAAAAAAGUGAGGAACGCCCGCACCAGCUGCCGCUGGGGGCUUCAAAGAGGAGCUGCUCCACCGAAACAAACUGAGUCAUUCGGAGGCCGAGCAGGAUCACCAGGGUAUUUUUUAAAUCAACGGGAGAAAUACCCCAAACACCACAAAGUCCAGCUUGCAAAGUUGUGUGUUUCACUGUCCAGCUUUAGAGCCCUGGGCUGGUUUCCUCUCCUGCAGUGGGAGGAAAGGAGAUGUUCCCAGAGCUGUGCUAACCCCAACGUAGACAGAGGCCCUGGAGUUCCUGCCACGUCCUGAAGACACAGCACAGACUGAAUCCUGAGGUUCUGUCUCAAUCUUUUAUCAUCACCACCCGAGAUUCCCUCAACAGGAGCUACUUCAUUCCUUCAAAUCAUGAUUUUUAAACCCUCUUUCUUUUCAAAGCUCUCAAUGUAUGUAACAUUUGUGACUCCUAAGCAUGUGACACUGCAUUGACCUCAGUUACUCAAGGGCAGACUGGGAUAUUUUAGGUGCCUCCAGGAUCAUGCUGUGCCCACCCUUCAUGGCCUGCAGCCCUCCAGGUUACAGACCCAGUUCCAGAGGCAGAGCCCCCAAACACCACUGGAACAGGGCAGUGCUUCCAAACCCACCCUGCUCGUGGUGACAGCCUCGGUGACCUCAGCUCCACUGCACCCUCUCAGAACCUGUACUCAGCACGGGCAGGGGUUUUCUGCUGUGCCAGUGUCUGCUCUGUCUGGAUUAUUCAACUUCCUCUGACUGCAACAAAUCCCAGCUUCCCUCAUGUUCCCAGGGAGCUGCGUUACCCAAAUCCUCCUCAGCUCCUCACCACGCUUCUGCUGCCACAGUGACAGCACCUCAGAGAUUUCCCCAGCCACCUUUAUUUUUCACUCAGCACCUCCACUCGCUCUCACAGCAAACAUUAAUCCAGCCCAGGGAAGCAGCUCCAUCUGUGCUGGCACUGCCACAACCAGCAAGUCCCAGUGAAGACAAAACCUCCAGAGCUUCAUUAGCCCCAAAUUAAGAUGCUUCCAGCUGUGGCUGAGACGGAUCCCACCGCACACAUGCUCCUGCCCGGGUGUUUCAGUGGAGCUGCUCAGUGUGGAUGCUGCAGGAAGUCUGCAGCACGGAUGACUCAUUUGUUAAAUCAAUAGUGAACCAUUGCCCCAGUUUUAUUUCACAGUGACGAGUUUCCGGCUGUGGGUGACUUUCAGUAAACCCAAGAUGUUUACUUUUUGUAGCUCCAAGAGCCUCAUGACACACUUGAAACUCGUUGGACGUUUCCACCUGAGCCAAACAUUAACCAGAUUGUUAAUCUAAAUUUCCUCAUGAGGGAAAUGUGCGAGCUUGUGUUUUCUUUAAAACUGCAUGAAAGCACUGGGUAUACAGUAAUGUUUCGAAUAUCUUUUAUUCUGCCUGGUGUUCAUCAAAUAAAGCUUGGGAUAUUCACAGCAGUGAGCUACAGGAACUAAGCAGAUAUUUGAACCUCUGCAGGGUAAAUAGAGAAUAGGCUCAAGAACCCACAAAACUACACACUUUAAUUGCUUAAAUCUCCUUAUAAGCAUAUUGAUAUAAGCUUUAGACAUGGAUUGUGUCCACCAGCACCUGAGUUACAUCAGCUCCAGAACACGAGUUCCUUCCUGUGCGCUGCUGGAGCUCGUGAGUGUGAGAUCACAUCCACCACUGCAUUGUGUGCCGGUGUGUGGGGGUGUGCACAGCACUAGGAGUAAGAACACCCCCGACACCGACAGAUCAGUUAUCCAAACCCUGAGCCUGGGAGUUUAAAGAGCUUAUGCUGAAGCAGCUUUGUCACAGCUGACAGCCCCACUCUGGAAAACAAACACGUGCAGGCACCACUCCCAAGUCACUCCCUGUUUUCUGCCUCAACAGCUCCCCUUUGGAACCCACAGCGGCUGAGUCACAGAACCCUGCAGGAACCUUCAACCCAUUUAAAUCAAUGUGCCUCGUUCACAUCCUGGCAGCAGGGAAACCAUUUUUACCUGAACCCUCCUCCCUCCACAAGAGCAGCAGAGGUUUCUGCAGCAGGCCAGGGCACAGGAGAGGCUCUGGGACAAGCCCUGUUUGCUCUCAGGAGCUGUGCUAGACACAGCAAUAAAUCUGGGGUUUUUCUGAGCAUUUUCUCUAAGGGUGCAGUAGAGUCAGUCACGAGCUCUCUGAGUCACACCUUAUCAAGGUGAGCAGUGCCCCCAUCCUCAGCCCCGUCUGUGCCACCCAGUUUUCAAAUUCAGCCCCAGCAAACACAACAGGCAGAGAAAGGAGCAAAUCCCUGAGUUCCCACAGAGCACAGACACCUUUCCUGCGUGUCUGAGUGUCCCAUCACAUGCUCUGUGUCCCAGCACAUCCCGGGGCUCUUCACUCUGCUCUGGAGACAGAGACACCACUGCCAGACAACACCAGGCUCACAGUCCCUUUCCCCAGUGCCUGCACAGCGUUUCUUCCACCCUGGGUAUGGGGGUGUUCCCAAAGCAGGGUUAUUCCAGGCUGGAUUAACAGCAGCUGAUGCCAGGGGAAAAAAUCCAAGCUGACCAAAAUGCCGUUACGUUACAGGAAUCGGCUGUAAUGGUUGUCCUUUAGUCUGGCAGGAGAAUUUUUGCUGUAAAUCAGAGUCAAAAUAAAAGCUUCUAACCAUGCUGCGAUAAUAAGAUUUCUUUCCUAUAACACACACUAACUGUGAUACAACAGUUCCCUCUGCAGACAGAGGAAACUGAGAUCUAUAUUUCACAGGAUGCUGCUGGGUGUGAGGCUGAGUCAGAGCAGGGAAUAUUUUGGAGCUGGGUGCUGCUGUUGGAACUCAGGACCAGUAUAAAGAACCUUUCUGAUUCUCACCUGCUCUUUACAGUCUCAUACCUGUUCCUGCAAAUUUCUCAGUUCCUGGGAACGGGAAUGGAAGAAUUAUUUUUUUUUGAGACAGCUGACAGCCCAUCAUCUCCUGUGCUUACAGCAGAGCCCGUGAUGCCUCUCAUCCUUAUUGUGGAUUUCAGACCUCGAAAGGGUCGGGCAGGUCCCUGCAGAGCCAAGGAACCCCUUUUCCCCAGCCGGGGCCAGGGGGAAGCGCUGAGUUCCCAGUUCUGCCUCUUUCUCAAGCUUUCCCCGGCCUCUGCCCGGGUUUCCCUGGAGAGGGCAGCCGAGCACCGCUGAGCCCCGAGCCGCAAACGGUGGCCAGGGGGAAGGAGGCAAAGCAGCAUUUUGGAGAGGACGGGAUGUAACUGCUCGUGAUUCCACCGAAUGAGGCAACUGGGAGGGAAAGUUGAGUUCCCAGCCGGAGAAUCGAGUUGCUGGUGCUGGGAUGGGGCUGUGGGGUCGCUCUGGGGGUGGCAGAGCCAGGUAAGGAACAUCCAAGAGCUAAAGAUCACUUUCCUCAGCUUCAGGACAAAAAGGACCUCCAGGUAUUCCUUCACUUCCAAGGCUCCCCACUACAGCCCGUAUGGCCUACACCCAAACACAAUGUGGCCAAUUCCUCUGGGAUUUGGGGCGAAUUUGCCUCUCCCCGGUUGUCCCUGGUGUCCCUCGGCAGCUGUCCCCGCUUGCCAGCACAAGCCAGCCCCAGGCAGCUGCUGCCCAGCCGAGGGGGAAGUGGUCACUGGAGGAAGGAUGGAUGAGAGCAGGUACAGCAGCAACCACAACCUCUGCAGCCCCGGGCCCCUCCUGACCACAGAAAUUGUGUAAUUGAAGACCUUAAGCCAUUUCCCUUCCACCUGCAGAGAGAAAAUCACCUCGUUCCUGUGCACAGAGGAAUUCAGGGACACAGGUGAGGUUUGUGCUGCUCGAGGAGCUGCAGGCACGCACAGCAGAUUUCUGAGCUUGCCCUUAGACCUGCACACAGCCGGGUACAUCCAGAUUUUUCCACGUCUGCCUCCUAGCAUUUUUCCUCCCCAUACUUUCCCAUGCUCCCAGGGAUAUCAGGAGGAGAACCUGAAUGUCUCUUGCCUCAAACUCUGCAGUUACAUGGAGAAAUGAUAGGGACUGGGAGGAUUGUUUCAGCGAGCCGGAGGGUUUGGGUGGUUGUAGAUGUGGCACGAGCAGGCAGCAGAACACAACACCCAGAGGAGAAGGGAGGAAGGAAAGAAAACCCGACACAUGUUCUCCAAAAGAGUGUGACAGAGAACAAGGAAGCAGAGGAAGGAUUCACACUGAUGGAUUUUCAACCCAGGGGAAUAAACCAGAAUGGUUCAACAAACCCAGGCGAAACCAGAAGUGCUGUGAGAGGAGAGGGAAGCAGGCGCUGUCCACAGCUGCACCAAGUGCCCUGAGAGCCGGAGGGAUGGGAAGCCCCGGAACAACCGUGGGGAGCAGGGUGCUGUGAUGGCUCUGUGAAUGCAGAGCCCAUCCCAAUGGAAGCAGGAAUGGAGCUGCUGCGUGCGAGGCACCGCCAGCCCGACAGCUGGAAUCAAUCGCAGCGAGGCACUGAGAAGGAAAAGGACUUUUUCGUUUGUAAAUUUAAUUUCCCCCGAAGCCAGUUGGAGUUAUUAGGCUGGAGUGAGUGGGCUCGAAGCAGAUCUAAUGGGAGGGGAGGUUUCUCUGCUGCUCUGGGCACUUUACAAUCACUGAGGCUGUAUCAGGAUUGCAUUCCCAAGUAUUUUAUCUGGAUUCUGUUCCUAAUAACUCCUCAUUCAUUCACUAUGUUGUUUCCUGGGGCUCUGCUCUUGUUGCUGGAGGAGUUCUGUAUUGCAAGGACAUUAUUUUGGUAAAAUAUUCCCUAGCCUGGGCCUUCCUGCUGGCAGGAGAUGCCGUGCUGUGAUCAGAGAGUUAAUCCUGUGCUGAAGCCCAGGGAAUCUCGGCUCAGCUGCUGCACUUCCAGGGAACCAGGCCCUCUGUGCCACAGCCCCUGGAUCUAAAGGAGAGCCAGAAGCCACUUGGCUCUUUCUUGUUGAGCUGAGCCCAUGGGGCUGAGACUCCCUGGGCUUGCCAGGCUGGUUGUGGGGAGAUGCACGGCCGUGCCUGGGGCUGGAAUUCCCAGGGAGGUGGAGAUGUUCCCACCCUGGAAGCAGGACUUGUCCCAUGGAGGAUGCUGCAGGUCAGCUCUCCCCCAGGAACCAGCUAUGGGCUGGCAUUUUCCCCAGGAGCUAAGCCAGGCAGGGAGCAGAGGGCAUGGACAAACUAAUCUAGGGGCUCAUCCAACAAGAGGAAAAUGUCCUCUGGGCAGGAAAAAGCAGCUUUGUGGCCAAAAAAGCCAAAAAAAUGAGGGGCAGGCGGUGCAAGGAGAAGAGCUGUUGGAUCUGCCUGUGUUUUCAUGCUCAUGCAGAAGAGACCUUUUGCUGUAGCAAAGCCCUGUGCUCUCCCUCAUGGACGCAGGAGCUGCAAGGAGGGUCUGGGGGAGCAAAGAGAUCUGUCCUUGUCAUUCAGCCUGAGACACAACUGACGUGGGAAAGGAAGAUCAGGGCUGGCUGAUCGCUGUGAGCCCCACACAGGACUUUGAACUUGAGGCUUAGCUGAGUUGUUUCAACUUAGUGGAGAGAGCUGGGCCAGGACAGGCAGCACAGGAGUUAUUUUAACAUUAUAGGCACAUUUUCUCCCCAAGCAGCAUAAUAUCAGGGAUGGCAUUUUGCUGUCUUCACUCCCUUGCCUGGUGUUCAGUGGUUCCCAGGCUCCUAAGGAUGUUUGUUGGAUAUUGCACAGCUGCAGGUUUGAGGAUUUAUGAUGGUCCUGGGGAUGCUAGCUGCAGGUAAUGGAUACCAAGGUGAUGCUGGAGACUGCUUAAUGAAGAGAUGUCUUGGUUUGGAUGCUGGGGUUUGGCUGGAAAGGUUUGGAGACUUGAGGCAGUUGCUGCUCUAGUGGUCCCUGGUGAGCUCUGCUAUAUGAAAAGUCCAUCUGUCUGCUAAAUCCAUCUGUCUCCAGAGGGAGGGAUGUUGUCAGGUUUAAUAACAGCAGCUGGUAAUUCCUGCUGCCUGCGUGGUGUUCCUGUAAAGGGCUGCAGGAAACGAGAGCGCUGAUAUCUGAGGGCAACGUCCUGGUCCUGUGCUGUUAGCCCGUGCAAGAGCCUGAUGUAAGAGGAGGGCAGCUUGCUGCAACACUCAGCCACACACCAGCCCAAAAUCCAGGAUCCUCCAGCCUGGAAUGCCAAGAAAUCCCAAUGAGAAUUGCCCUGCUCUGCCUGUAACCUGCACUGAACUCCCUGAGGCCACUGAUGUCCUCACCCUGACAGGCAGCAGGAGUGAAAUGUGGGGCUGGGGCUCUUCUCUGUCACCUCCUGGGCAGCCUCUCGGGUCAUUUUGCAACUCCUGAAACACAGGAAGGGUGAUGAGUGUCGGGGGAAAUCAGUGGGGAAGGAAGUCCCCAAUGCAGAUAUAAAACGUGUCACUGCUGGGAUGACAGAGGUUUGUUGGGCAAUGCUGGCUGCUGUCACCUGAAUGUCACACAGCAGGCAGGGGAGGCACAGCUGGAGGGGUACAGGUGGCUGGAACCCCUGCUCUGUGCCUAUCACUCACCCUGGCCAUGGCUCGUGGCUUUGGGACAUUUCCCUUUCACCAGAGAGUGAGGGCAGGGAGGGACCAUGACUUGUUUGUUCUGGGGGAAGGGAACUCUGUCAGCUCAGUGCUCUCCUCCAGCACAGGGAACUCUUGAUCCCAUUGCCUGGAUGAGGGAUCCUGGAAGCUUUUGGGAAGGGGGGUCCUGUUCCAUGAGCUUGGGCACAGCAUUUUUGCUGUAAUUCAGGCAGGUUUGGGGUAUUCCAGAGCUGCCUUUUCACCUGCUCUCUAACCUUGUUCCCUGAAACCCAAGGCAGCACAACUUGGUUUAAACACCAGUGCAAUCCACAAAAAGAAUGGGAGAAAAUAACACCUGAAAGACAAGUUAUGAAGAUGAAGGGGGUUAAAUGCAUUGAGCUGUAGAGAAAACCCCAGCUCUUGCUGCAGGGUGCACUGAGCAGCUCAGCAUCUGCCCUAUGGAAAAUCAGGCAUUUCCCUCCAUCACACCUCUGCUAAUGCUAAAAGUACUGAUGAAAUUAUCCUAAUCCUGGAUUAUUAUUACUAUUAGGACAGGGGAUCUUAGGCUCAGGUGGUCUCAGUCCUGCAUGUCCCCAUUUGUAUGCCAAUAUUGAUCUCUAAUUAAUCUCUAAUAAAAUCUGUUAAUCACUCUGACCGUGGCACAUGGAAGAUGGAGGAGGAAACACAUCUGCAGUGAGCUUUGUAAAGCUCCAAUGGGCAAGCUUAAAUAUAAGUGGUCAUGUUGUUUUAUAUGUUCAAACAGCUUUGGUGAGGAGUAAAUCCUUCAGAGUGCACUUUGUGUUCCCAGAUGAGCUGCAUCGAGUCCCUGGCAGGGAAAUAUCUCCCAUCCUUCUCAUCCAAACCAUCUCCCAGGGCAGCUUCAAUGGGACAGGCUGUUCUGUCUCUGCCCACAGCACUCCCCAUGAGCAGUCCCUUCCCGUGCUGCUGGCCCUGAGCAGUGAAUCCUGGAGGAGUGAUAAGAGCUGCCUUAGGAUUUGUACAAUUCUCACCGUUGCUGCUUCCCUCUCGUGGUGAGGAACCAGCCUGGGAGAUUGAGGCUGUGGGAAAUGUGCCAGACAGCCAGUGGGACAAAGCCUGGAGCUCAGCUGGGAGAGCAUGGAAGUUGGCUCCAGCAUUUGGGCUGUGGACCUGAAAGUAGCUCUGUGUAGGCUGAUUUCAUUUUGCUUGCUUCCCUCUAAAGAGAUGGAAGUGUCUGGGUUGAAUUUUUUGCUUGUUAAGACCUCUUCACCUCCACCUUUUUCAGAGCAUCUGAAGAAGUGCAGGAGGCAGCAGAAGGCUCUCUGUGAGCUCCCAGCUCCAGGUAACACCAUGGAUACUUGCAGGAUACCUGCAAACACCUCCAAGUGCAGCGGGAACACCAUGGAGUGCUUCAUGGUGCUCAGCACACAGGCACAGAAGAUAAGCAUUGGCAUCCUGUGUGGCCUCUUUGGGACAAUGUGCGUUUUUGAGAACUCCUUGGUGCUCUACCUGAUCUUCUCUUCCCCCAGCACCAGGAAAAAGCCUUCCUACCUCUUCAUAGGCAGCCUGGCCCUGGCUGACAUCCUGGCCAGCAUCAUCUUUGUCUGCAGCUUUGUGAACUUCCACGUGUUCAACGAGGCUGGUUUUUCCAAGGAGGUGUUCCUGCUGCAGCUGGGAGGGGUGAACACGUCCUUCUCCGCCUCCCUCAGCAGCCUGCUGCUCACAGCCCUGGACCGCUACAUCUCCAUCAGCCGGCCCUCGGAAUACAAGCUCCUGAUGACCAGGAAAAGAGCCUGGACAGCCCUGGCGGUGCUCUGGGUGACCUGUGCCACCAUUGCUUGCCUGCCCCUGCUGGGCUGGAACUGCUGCGCUCUGGAUUCCACCUGCUCCGAGCUAUUCCCCUUCGUGGAUGACAAUUACCUGGCGGGCUGGAUCUGCUUCGUCGUGGUCCUGCUGGGCUGCAUCAUCUACGCCUACGCCCAUGUGCUCUGGAGGGCUCGCCAGCACGUGGCCUACAUGGAGAAGCACCAGGCACAGGUAGGGAAGCAAAACACCCGGAUGAGGAUGGACGUGAUGCUGGCCAAGACCCUGGUGAUGGUGCUGGCUGUCCUCAUGCUCUGCUGGUCGCCCGUGCUGGUGCUCAUGAUCUACAGCGUCUUCGCCAGGCUGAGCGACCACCUGCGCAAGGUGUUCGCCUUCUGCAGCACCCUCUGCCUGCUCAACUCCAUGGUGAACCCCAUCAUUUACGCCCUGCGGAGCAAGGAGCUGUUCUCCUCGCUGAGGAGGGUGUUCUCCCACUUCAGGAGGCAGCUGAAGGUGGCUGAGGAGAGCCCAGAAGCUGAGAGCACCCACAAGUCGUCUGUGAUAGAGACCGUCUGCGAGGACACGCGCGCAAUGUAGGGAGGCAGCGGUGGGAAAUGCACGCCCUCAGGCUGGAAGGAACUGCCUGGAUCACUUUUCAUUUUCUUUUCACUUCUGGUGGCAGUUGAGGGAUCAGCUGUGAUAUGGAGACAGCUCCUGCUGAUGUCACCCUUUGACACUGGGACAUAAAGGCCCAGAUUGGGAUUGUUGGGGUGUCCUGUGCAGGGCCAGGAGUUGGACAGGAUGAUCCUUGGGAUGUCCCUUCCAGCUCAGGAUAUUCCAUGAUUCUGUGAUAAUGUCCCACCAGGGAAGGUUCAGCUUGCACAUCAGCAGGAAUUUCUUCAUGGAAAAGGUGGUCAGGCUCUGGAAGGGGCUGCCCAGGGAGGUCUGGAGUCCCCAUCCCUGCAGGUGUCACCUGCAUGUGGCACUCAGUGCUCUGGGCUGGUGACAAAGUGGGGACUGGACACAGCUUGGACUCGAUGGUCUGGGAGGGCUUUUCCAACCUCAGAGGAACGUUCCCACUGUGCCUUAAGGAUUUGGCCAGAUCUGGGGCAGACAGGACCUUGCAGGCAGCACAUUUCUUCCAGCAGAAUUCAGGAGAACUGAUCUAACUCCACACGUGUUCCUUGGAUGUUAUGUGAUUAAACAUAUAAGCCAUUUUUCCAGG